AUGAUGUUGUCCCGUCGUGCAUGCUACAAGUGUGGCAAUAUUGGCCACUAUGCUGAGGUCUGCUCGUCUUCUGAGCGUCUCUGCUAUAACUGCAAGCAGCCUGGACAUGAGUCUAGCGCUUGCCCUCUUCCCCGUACCACCGAGACUAAGCAGUGCUACAACUGCCAGGGCCUCGGCCACGUCCAGGCUGACUGUCCCACCCUGCGCCUGAACGGUGGUGCCAACGGCCGCUGCUACAAUUGCAGCCAGCCCGGUCACCUUGCUCGCAACUGCACCAACCCCGCUGCCCCCGGCGCUGGUCGUCCCACUGGCCCCCGCGGUGGCUUCCAGGGCGGUUUCCGUGGCGGCUUCCAGGGCUAUCCCCGCGCCGCCACUUGCUACAAGUGCGGUGGCCCCAACCACUUCGCCCGUGACUGCCAGGCUCAGGCUAUGAAGUGCUACGCCUGUGGCAAGCUCGGCCACAUCUCUCGCGACUGCACCGCGCCCAACGGUGGCCCCCUCAGCUCCGCUGGAAAGGUCUGCUACAAGUGCGCCGAGGCUGGCCACAUCUCCCGCGACUGCCCUACCAACUCCGCCGAGGUCGUCGCUACUCCCAUUGUUGAUGUCGUCGCUGAUGCGGCUGUCCCCGGUGCGGCUCCCAUUGAGGCUGCUGCUGCUGCUGUUGAAGCUCCUGCUGAGACUGCUCCCGUCCCGGCUGCGGCUGCGGCUGCAGCUCCUACCACCGCUGUCGCUUAA